UGGAAGAAGAAUGAUGAAGAUGAUGUUGAUGAUGAUGGAUGUUUGGAGUCAUUCCAAACACAUUUAAGAUCGGGUCGUAAAUAUGCGUAUCGCACGGAUUGCAAUUAUAGCAUGAUGUGAAUUUUUUUAUUUGUCUGCAUUGCAGUUGAAAUACCGAGAUGUAGAUUUUAUUAGUCACUAGUCAUCAGUUUGAAUCUAACUAUCGUUCCAAUCUAACUACUAUGUCUUAUCCUUUUGUUUCAAUGAAACAUCAUGGCCAUCGUUCCAAUAAAUGUUCGAAAAAGAAGCAAGAAUCCGAAGAGAUGAAGAUAAUACUUGAACAUAAUGAUAUUUAUCUACCUGGUCAAUAUAUACGCGGUGCUAUCGUAUUCAAUUCGGUUGGUGAAAUACCGAUCAAUGAAUGUUCAGUAAAUCUUGUAUGUAUGGCUGAAGUUGGCUGGACAGAUAAUCCUGGAAUCAAAGAUGAAGGUCGUUCAUUUCAUAUUAAACACAAAUUGAUGGAUGUACCAUUUGAAUUGAGUGGAAAUAAUGGUGCUGAAUCAUACUAUCAAUUGGGUCAUCAUGAAAUUCCAUUCGAAUUCUAUUUACCUGACAAUAUGAAUUUACCAUCAUCGUAUCAGAGUCGUUUUGGAUCGAUUGUUUACUAUAUCGAUGUUAAAAUGGGUGAAAAAAUUAAACGACGAGAUAUAUUGGUUGAGAUACCAAUACAGAAAAAUCUAUGGCUAUCGGUUGGUGGUACAUCGGAAAAAGAUUUUGGUGUUUUAUCAUUCGCUUCUGGUCGAAUUACCAUGCAAGCUACAUUGCGAAAAAAAGGAUAUUUCCGAGGAGAAGAUUUAAUCGUUGAUUAUGUCAUUGAUAAUUGUUCGACGGCAACUGUAAAACCAAGGGUUACAUUAUUCCAGACACAAAUCUAUAUGACAGGUGAACGACAUAAAACCGUUGAAAGUUCUUUGACCGAAGCGGUUGAAGGUGAUGAAAUCGGUGCACAUACUUUAGUCGAUGAUGGUAAUCUUACCGUUGCAAUACCAGUCGAUAUACCAUUAUCAAUUAAAUCCGAAUACAUUACAUUGAAAUAUUUUUUACAUCUUACAUUGGAUAUACCAUUGGCUAUUGAUAUACACAUCAAUCUACCACUCACUAUAACAACCAGAGCUGCAAUGGAAAACACUUUUGAUGAUCGUCGACAUUAAAAAUGAGCCAUUG